AUGCCCGAUCUCAACGUCAAGAUUGGGCAAACUAUCGAAACCAAUGAUAAAAAGCAAGGCAUAGUUCGGUAUGUCGGACCGUUGCAUAUCGCUGCGGGCGAGUGGCUCGGCCUCGAACUUCCAGACAGCUCUGGGAAAAAUGAUGGCUCUGUGAAAGGAGAGCGUUAUUUUCAGUGCACCUUCGGCCAUGGUAUCUUUGUCCGAAAGGAGUCGGCAGCUAAGAUCCUACGACAGCAACCGCCACCUACUAAACCAGCUGGAACUCCUAUGUCAAAUGGAGUCGCGACCAAAUCCCGACCUUCAAGUGUCGUCCCGGCCGAUGUAGCAAGAAAGAGGCAGAGCCUCAUGAGUGCAGGCUCUGGGUCGACAGUUGGAUCGAGGUUGUCAUUAAGGUCUCCCACAAAGUCCCCGACAAAGCCUGCCCCAUCGUCUGUCAGCUCAUCUACCUCGACACCACGAACCGGCACCCCCGCAACCACCGCAAGAACCUCUGACUCGAGUACGAAAUCUCGCACUAGUACAACAGGUCGGCCCCUGAUGGGCCCUCCCACGUCGACUUCUAGAACGAAUGCGACAAGCACAAGCAGACAGUCCAUUGGUGGUGCAUUGAAGCCCACGGCAAAUAAACCUGCCGCUCUUCCACCACGACAGUCCAUGGCAGGUUCGAGAUUAUCGCUAUCCGCCAAAGCUACACCCAAAUUCGAGAAGAGUGACGCCCAUUCCCCUAUACAAAACAAUCAACAGUCCCCACCUAUUGAAGAAGAGAGAGAUGCGAAGAUUGAAGAAACCCAUCCAGGCGAAGAUGAUGACAUCCCAUUAGAACCAACUACUAAUAAUGACAUUAUCUCACCUGUGCUGGCCACGCGCCCACACUCGGUCGCAGUCCCUCGAAACGUCUCCGUAAGUUCUAGUGCUGCUCAUGAGGAACGUGCACGACAGGCUCAGGUCAUAAAGCAGUUGGAGACCAAGAUUCGGACAUUGCAGAAACAGAGACAGGAAGAUCAAGCUCAACUACAGAGUAUCCAAGACCUCCAAAGCCAGACAACGAGAUACGAAGGUAUCAUACAGACACUACAGAAGAAACUCAAGGCAAACCAACAGGAAAUGGUCGAACUCAAGGCAAAAUACGAAGAUGCCGAAGCGCGUGCUUCCGAAGCGGCAGAACCUAGUGGUGAACACGAAUCCGAGUUGGAACUUGCGACACUUGAUAAAGAGAUGGCUGAGGAGCGUGCUAUCAUGUUCGAGACUGAAUUGGAAGCAUUGAAAUCAAAACAUGAAGAGUUGGAGCUCGAGGUCGAAAUAAUGCGAGAAGAAAACCGGGAGUUGACGUCUGUUAUGACUCCAGAAGAGAGAGCCGGUUCAGGCUGGCUCCAAAUGGAACGCGAAACAGAAAGACUGAGACAGGCCUUGGUCAUGCUUAGAGAUAUGUCUCACCAGAACGAGAGUGAUCUAAAAAGCGAGAUUAAAGAGUUGCAGCAGACUUUGGAUGAAUUGGAGCCGGUGACAUCCAAAUACGAAGAUGCUGCGGCAAAACUUAGUCGAGCUGAAGAGACUAAUACGCAUUUACGAGAACAACUGGAUGCACUUGAAUCCAAUGAUGAGAUUCUUGAGGCUAUGGGGGCCGAACGAGAUCAGAAUCGACACACAAUCGACAAUCUCAAGCGCCAGGUCCAAGAUCUUGAAGAACACAUUCAAGUUACAGAUGAGCUUGAGGCUUUUCAUGUGGAUGAGGAGAAGCGCUUGCAUUAUCAGUUGGAUGAAAGUGAAGCACUCCUCAAUGAGAGACAUCGACAAGUAGUGGAGCAAGAUAAGACAAUUGAAGAUCUAGAGUACACUCUGAACAAAUUCAGAGAUGUGGUGCAAGGAUUACAGAACGACAUUGACGAACUCCGGAGGUCUCGCGAUAUUAGUGAGCUUGAAGCUCAUGAAAUGAGCAGCAAAUCAAGAGCAAUGAUGGAUCUCAACCUCAAGCUUCAGAAUUCUGCAGCUAAAACGCAGCUCAAAGCCAUCGAUUUGGAGCUUGGAAAAAUGCGUGCAGAGCAAGCCAGUCUACAUUUGGAGAUUGUCCAGCUGUUCAUCCCGGACACGUUUGAGUCAGAUAAACAGCCAAUUAUUGCACUUCUCUGCUUUAAGAGAAUCAAAGCAAAAGCUCUCCUGGUCAAAAACAUUCUUGGUGAGAGAAUUCGAGACCGGCCAGAGCUCGUUCAAGACGGGCUUUCGAAGGCCUUUGCUGUUAUGGAACAGAUGAACUUCAUUGCCAAUUCUUGUGACCGAUUCGUGCAGCACAUGUCAUCCUGCUCCUCUGAAAGUUUCAUGAGAUUUAGCGGGGCGCCAUUCGAACUGGAACCUGUCGAGCAAUCAAUGACAAGCUGGGUAGAAGCAUUACGCCGUGAUGAGCUCGCUCAUGAUGGCGCUGAACACGUCCAUCGCAUGGCAGGUAUUUUGGUCGAUAUGGCUGAAAAACUCAUCCCCGAAAGCCAGGAGUCCAGGUCUACAGAAUUGUUGGCAUCGAUGUCUAUGGUCGAGUGCUACACUGACACCAUUGGAAGCCAAGCUCAGAUGUUGAGCAAAGCAGUACAAACCAGAUUGGGAUUACCAGAAAACGAAGACGACAACUCCGCUGUAUUCGGCAAGAAAAUGGAUCAACUCGGCAUCAAAGCAAGAACGAUCAAAUAUGUGUCGAGUAAGAUCAUUCAGUCACUUGGCGAUCUCCGAGCGAGAUCCAUGUCACCCGGUGAGGCGAUCUGGGGCUUGUUUUCGGAAACUGAGAAUCUUUCUGAACAACUAUCCAGCCUUGUCCGAGAAAUGAGUCAGACAAUUAUCGAUGACUUGAACAAGCCUGACCAUGAAGAAGAGCUCUCUUAUACUACAGUGAUGGAAAAGAUGACCUGCGCCGUUAUUGCCAUGCUACCCAAGGCUGAAAUGCAGACUUCUGCUUUCGAAGAUGUGUUCAGCGUUCUGACCAAACAGCUUCAAACGCUCCAGUCUAAGGUGGACGACUUGUAUAGCAGAUCGGCUGAUGUAAAUAACGCCCUUGAGUUUGAGAGGCUGCCAGCACCAUGGAUCGCUCGGUCGAAAGAAGUCAAGACUCAGAAAAUAGUGUCUCAAGAUCUGCAAGAAGAAAUGGCUCGGAUGAAGUCACGAAUCCAAGAGCAAACCAUUAAAGUGAGCGAGAAAGAUAGGCAACUUGAAGAACAGCAGGUCAAGAUUGAGCUUCUGGAAUCGAGAACCAAAGAAACCAAGGCCAAGGAUGACGGAGUCAAAGCGAUGAAGUCGGAGAUUGAGACACUCCGCUCAGAGAAAUCCAAAGCCGACGAGAGCUUGCAACAGCUCCAGGCUGAUUAUCAAACAUUGCUGAAGAGUCAGGAGGAUUCGAAGGUCGAGUUGGAGACCAUCAAAAAGAGCAAGGUCGCGGAUGGCCAGAGUCUCGCACUCGGGGUCGCAGACGAAUCCCGAUCGUUGCAAGUGAAGGCAGAGGCGGAUCUAUUGAGGGUCGAGCUUGCCAGCCUUGAAGCAGCUGUUCGAUUCCUGAAAUACGAAAAUCAUCGUCUACGGCUACCAAUGACCGAAGCGGGAGUGACCGCCACGAGUUUUUCAUGGCUUGACCCAGACAAGUUGAAGCCAGCCAAGGAAGCAACUCAAGUACUACAGCUACGGUCUGAAUCCAAAGACAUAUUCCGUGAGCUGAUCGACAUGGCGAAGAAGGCCCAACCAGUGAAGCUGAAGCCAAAAUCCGCGUCCGUCUCAAAGGCAACCGGCCAGCCAUCGGCCUGGAGGCCGGAAGCCGAAACAACCCUCUUCCAGGUCCUCCGGCAGAAAGAAGACUUCGAACGCUGGAAGCAAGAAAGCACCGACGUGGUGAAGCGCGCGAGGCUGAUUGGCCGGUCGCCUCAUCAUAAGCGCGAUUUGCCAGCACAGGCGCAAAAGCCAGGACUGGGAUUGGGACUUGCAGCUACUAUGAAGCUACCUGUGUUGGAGGAGAUUGACUUGGAGACCGAGUCUGCAGGGAAUGGGGUGCGCAUUGUGAAGCACUGA